AUGUCCAUGGACCUGAUGGAAGCUUUGGAGUUGUCGGUAGGCAGCGGUGGAGAGAGGUCGGUGAUGGUGGUCGGAGUAGUAGUGGUGGUCACCGGCGGUGUGAAUGAAUUGGGGUUAGUUGUCGGCAUUGUGGGUGUAGCUGCCCCUCCUGCCGCGCUGGAUAAGAUUGCAGUGCAUCAGAGAAACAUGCAGCAGCAUUAUUCAAAUGCAAAGUCAUUCACAAAGCUGUUUGAUGAGUAG